CAAUCAUAUAAGAACAUGAAUGAACGUCUUGGUACAACCGAAUGCACGUCCUUCCGGAAGAGGGAACAGUUGGGUUCGGAUAAACUUUUACCUCGAAAAGCAAACCUCUGGCUUGCAUCACAGCACCCAAUGGCCUCAGCGUGGUCUGAAGAGGAGACCUUUGUCUGCUCAGUCUGUUUGGAGACCCUGAAGGAUCCUGCAACUCUACCCUGUGGACAUUCUUAUUGUUUGGCUUGUAUCCAGAGUCAUUGGGACAAAGGGAACAGCAAGGGCCAGUACAGCUGCCCCCAAUGCAGGCAGAUCUUCAAGCCUCGGCCUACACUGGCAAAGAGCACACUCCUCGUGGAAGCUAUGGAGAAGCUCAGGACCAAUAGUCUCAAGCAAAGUCCCUCUGCGACUGGUUCCUCCGCUCCACCAUCAGAACCCAUCUAUCUGGAGAUUCUUCCAGAUACUGGCACGCGGCACGGCGGUGUGUAUCCUCAGCUUCCCGCCAUGGCUGCCAGGCCCUGCCCUCAGCAUAACCAGCCCUUGAAUCUGUUUUGCCACACUGACAGGGAAUGUGUGUGUGUGGUCUGUUGCCAACAUGGACACAAAGGGCAUCGUGUACUCAAACCCGAAGAAGAGAGGAAGGAGAGACAAAAAGAGCUCACUCAGAUGCAGGGAGAGGUGGUGAGGCGAGGCCGGGAGACAGAGAAAACUCUGAAGGAACUCCCGAAUGUUGCCCGUCAACACAAAGCUUUGGUUCAGGCUAUGCAACAAGAGAGACUGGAUUUGUUUUCUGAUCUUGUCAAUGUCAUUACUCUCACCGGCACUCAAGUCGGUGAGCUUCUCUGCACUCAUGAGCGAUCUUUCGGAAGCCAAAUUGAGGGCCAUAUUCACAGACUGGAACAGGAGAUAGUACAGCUUCAUUGGAAGGGGGAGGAGCUGAAGAGGCUAUCAGACAUGCAGGACCAUAUCUGCUUCUUAAAGAAUUUCCUCACGAUGGAGAAGGCAGGUGCAACUGACGGCACCCAAGAAUCGAUUCUGUGCAAAGAGGACGCGGUGGUAGCUGAUGUCCGCUCGGUCUUAAAGGAGCUUCAAGAGUCCAUAAAAGAACUCUGCCGAUCCAGUCUUGCCAAACUUGUCACUUUAGUGAAUGAGGAGCCUGUGGCCUCGAAAACUGAAGGUGCCACGGCCCCGGACAUAAUGACAGCCGAUGGCUUUGUGCAAAACACGGGUGAAGUGUAUGAGAUGCAAAAUCCUGCACCUGCACCUUUACUACGACCCCAAGCCUCUGCCAAUGAAGCGUCAGCACCGCCUCCACCAUUCCCCCAGUCUCAACCUCAAGCACCUCCUGUCACAACAAUGGGACUUGUAAGCCCAGAACCAAAGACGAGAGAAGAAUUACUGAAAUUUCACUUUGAGCCCACAAUGGACCCCAACACAGUGUAUCGCCAUAUACAACUUUCGGAGGGCGGUCGUAAGGCCACACUGCGUGCAGAGAACCUGAACCCAGUGGACCACCCGGAACGCUUCCUCUACUGGCGACAGCUUCUCUGCAGAGAGCCACUGGGAGGCAGCCCAUACUACUGGGAGGUGGAGUGGACUGGCUCGAAGAUUACCAUUGGAGUAGCGUACAAGGAUAUGGAUCGCCAGUCUUCUGAUGACAAAAGCCGUUUGGGCCACAAUCCUCGUUCCUGGAGCUUGUACUGGUCUGGGACCGGUUUCUCAUUCUGGCACGAUGGCCAGGAAAAACUCCUGGGUUCACCCAAAGGCAGACGGAUUGGAACCUAUCUGGACCAGCAUGCAGGCAUUUUGGCUUUUUAUCGCAUCACCAAUGAACAAGCUCACCUCAUCCACAGACAUGUGACCCAGUUCAGCGGUCCGCUUUACCCGGCGUUCCGGUUCUGGGGUGGAGUUGGUGCUACUGUAAAAAUUAGCCAGAUGGAUUGAAAUACAAAUGUAAAAAGAAUAUGCAGUUGAUUGAAAUACAACUUGGUUGCAAUCGCAAUAUGAUUCCCCACCCCGCCCCUCUGCUGCACACUGUGUCCUAAUUUAUGUACCGGUCACAAAAAUAUAGUGAUAAUAAACAGAAAUAAAAGAAUUCAUCGCAUGCAGCU